AUGAGAACAGGUGUCAAAACAGUGAGAAAGCAAAAGCUAAAAGAGGAAAAAGAAGCUAAACGGGCUCAGUUGGAUGGUAAACAUGAUUAUAUUUUGGAAGUUGUGGCCGCAUGCCUUGGCCUGGAGAAAACUGAGGUGGAAGAUGCCAUUCUGGAAGGUUCCCAGAUUGAACGAGUAGAUUCAUUUUUUGCUGCGGGAGGACUUCCUCAUCUCUUGUUUUAUUAUCAAGAAAUAGAGCCAACUGAAACAGGGCACAUAGGCCUUCUUGGAGCAGGAACAAAUCCAAAUACUGGGCGAGGCAAGAAACCAAAAAUAUUUGUGACCGAGGGGAAAGACGUGGCACUCACUGGUGUUUGUAUAAUUUUUCUGCGAUCUUGUACCUCCAAAGCAAUCACUGUUGAUAACGUACACAAGGAUGUAACCUUCAAUGUUCUUGAUACAUCUGAUGUUGGGUUGCUGAAAGCUGCUGAACAACUCCUGUCAGAAGUAUUUGUUCCUGCCUUGAAGAAGAUGAAUGACGGUUGGGGAGAGCUGAGCACUCCCCAGGCCAGUGGUGUACGCCAAGACUUCCUGAACUCAUUGGAUGGGUUUGUGAGCAUUCUGUCUGGUGCUCAGGAAAGCCUGAUGGAGAAAGUGAAUUUGAAAGAAUGUGAGGCCUUUGAUUUGAGGCUCAUUAAAGGCCCAUCAGAUUAUUUGGCUGUAGCCAAUAGCACUGAAGCUUUGGAAAAGAUUGAAGCAUGUAUGAAAGUGUGGAUCAAUCAAAUUGAGCAGGUGCUUGCUGAAAGCGAACAGUUGCGUAAGGAAGCUGAUGAUCUAGGUCCGCGUGCAGAACUGGAUCACUGGAAGAAAAGAAUGUCAAGGUUCAAUUAUCUGCUUGAUCAAUUAAAGAGUCAGGAUGUGAAAGCAGUACUUGGAGUUCUCACUACGGCAAAGUCUAAACUUCUUAAGACCUGGCGAGAGCUGGACAUUAGAAUCACUGAUGCAGGUAACGAGGCUAAAGAUAACGUAAAGUACCUGUACACGCUAGAAAAAUUUUGUGAUCCGUUAUAUAACAAUGAUCCGGUUUCCAUGGUGGAAGCGAUCCCAGGGCUAAUCAAUGCAAUUCGAAUGGUUCAUAGCAUCUCCCGUUACUAUAAUACUUCAGAGAAGAUUACUUCUUUGUUUGUAAAGGUGACCAAUCAAAUGAUAACAGCAUGUAAAGCACACAUAACAAAUAAUGGGACAGCUACAAUUUGGGAUCAACCACAAGAAGUGGUGGUUAAAAAACUGAAGGCUGCCAUUCAGUUAAACCAGGAAUAUCAACGCUGUUUCCAUAAAACAAAGCAGAAACUUGAACAGAACCCCGCAGAAAGGCAGUUUGAUUUCAGUGAGAUGUAUAUCUUUGGCAAAUUUGAUACGUUUCAAAGACGCCUGAACAAACUUAUCACUAUGUUUAACACAAUAACUGAAUUCUCUGCUCUUAAGGACUCCAAAAUUGAGGGAUUGGAGGAGUUGGCUGCUAAAUUUCAGAGCAUUGUGAUAAGUUUGAAGAAAAAACAGUACAACUUCUUAGAUCAAAGGAAAACUGAUUUUGACCAAGAUUAUGAUGAGUUUUGUAAGCAAACUAAUGAUGUACAUUCUCUGCUAAGGACAUUUACAGAAAACAGCAUUGAAAAAAUACAGAAUACAGACCGAGCCCUGUCACUACUGAAGAAGUUUGAAAGACUUGGAAUAUCAGAUCUCGCCAUCGAUGAAAAAUACCAGAAGAUUCUUCAGAACUACGGGCGAGACAUUGAGAUGAUAUCCAAGCUUUACAGUAGACAGAAAAAUGAUUCGCCUAUUGCUCGAGACAUGCCGCCAAUAGCAGGGAAGAUUUUGUGGGCACGUCAGCUCUUUAAUAAGAUUCAGGAACCAAUGAAACUAUUCCAGAAACAACCAAACAUUCUGCAGACAGCAGAUGCCAAGCGCAUUGUUCGCAACUACAACAAAGUGGCAAAGGUUUUAUUAGAGUUUGAGGUUCUGUAUCACCGAGGCUGGCUCAGACAGAUUGAAAUAGCAAAAGCAGGAUUGCAGGCAUCAUUGUUAGUGAAAGCCCCAGACACAGGAGAACUGUUUGUGAACUUUGAUCCUCAAAUUUUAACAUUAAUACGUGAAACGGAAUGCAUGGCUAAGAUGGGACUUGAAAUUCCACCAUUUGCCCAAGACCUUCAGCAGAAACAAGAUAUCUUUAAAAAGAAUUACAACAGACUCCAGAUGACAUUAUCAGAAAACAAAAGAGUGAGGUCAAAAAUUCAAAGUACUUUUGUGCAACUGAUGGGUCCCCAUUUAGUCAAAGUUGAUAAUGCAAUACAGCCAGGCUUGAUGUCUCUCAACUGGACCUCACUGAACAUUGACAAAUACCUGAACAGGAUUUCUGAAGCUUUAGAUGAACUUGAACUUCUGUUGAAUCGUGUGAAUGAUUUGAUAGAAUUUCGUAUUGAUGCAAUACUUCAAGAUAUGAGCACAAUACAAUUAUGCAAACUACCAGAGGAGGAACCCAUUGCAUGUGAAGAAUUUGUACAGGAGACUAAGGAAUUGUGUGUAAACGCUGCCCAAAUGCUACAUUGUAAAAGUUCUUUGGCAGAGGAAGCUGCAAAUGAACUUAUAAAUAUGUUACUGGAUUUGGAGUCUCCAGGUAAAGAAGGGGAGGAGGAAAAAUCCAAAGAUAGCAGUGGAAAUGCGCAUCAAAAAGAAUUUGAUGAACGAAAAAGUGAGAAACGUUCUUUCACCUAUAAUGCAAGCCAGAUAAGCAACGGGCCCCCAUCUCCAGUAGCAAAAAGGAAGAAGAAAGAUUUAAUGCAAAUACUAGAAGAAGAAGCACAGGAAUUAUUGUCCCAUUUCAGCCACCGUAAUGUGGAUGCAUUAUUGAAGGUCAUUCGCAACACUCUGGAGGCUAUUCGCAAACGUAUUCAUUCGUCAUCACUGCUUUAUUUUAUAGAGAAUGACCUAUCCAGUAAACAGAAGCAAUCAAGCCAUCCCAUCUUCAGAACUAACAUUACACUAUCUAUUCCCAAUAUAACCAUGAUACCUGCAUUGGAUGAAGUACAACAGGCUUUGAAUAAGACAGUGGAAUAUAUUGUUAGUGUCCCAAAAGGAGUUGGCCAGUGGAGUAAAGAAAGAAUUUCAAAGAAAAAGAUGAAUGAAAGAAAGAUUGCAGCAAUGAGGCGUGGCAGCAGAGACAGUGAUUCUGAAGAUGGAGAAACUGCGAUCAGAAGUGUUCUUGAUGGCAGCAUGUCAGAUACCUCCACAUCUGUAAACUCGCUUAUCCCUGUCCAGAUGAAGAACUACUACAAAUGUGUUUCAGAGAAUAAGGAGAUCAUUAAACUAGUAUCAGUGUUAAGUACAGCUAUUAAUUCUACCAAAAAGGAGGUUCUGACUGCUCUGGAUCAAUUCAAGUGUUAUCAUCAUAUCUGGCAGAGAGAGAGGGAAGAGGCCAUUCAAGACUUUAUGAAACAGAACCCUCUGCUAUCUGAGUUUGAAUUACAGGUUCUCUACUACCGGGACUUGGAAUCAAAGAUAAAUUCCGAGCAGGAAUAUAUUUGCGUUGGAGCAUUAGCCCUUUACACUGCUGAUCUCAAGAUGGCACUAACUUCAGAAACCAAAGUUUGGAUGAUUGAUUUGGGUCGACACUGCAAUAAAAAGUAUAGGACUGAGAUGGAGAACGUUUUUACAUUUAUAGAGGAAGUCAGCAAAAAAUUGAAUCGGCCUAUCAAGGAUUUAGAUGAUAUUAGAAUAGCCAUGGCUGCACUUAAAGAAAUAAGAGAACAACAAAUUUCCAUUGACUUUCAAGUAGGACCCAUCGAGGAGUCCUAUGCAAUGCUAAACAAAUAUGAAUUGCUUGUGGCUAAGGAAGAGAUAGAGAAAGUAGACACGCUUCGCUACACUUGGGAAAAACUGCUGGUGCGUGCAAGUGAGAUUCAGAAUGAAAUAGUUGCCCUACAGCCAAAUUUCAGGGGAGAAUUGAUCAACAAUGUGCAGACGUUCAUUGAUGACUGUAAUGAGUUUUAUGCAGAUUAUGAAAAGGAAGGACCAAUGGUUAUAGGCCUGGCCCCACAGGAUGCCAGUGACCGACUCGUAAUCUUUCAGAAUAAAUUUGACAACCUGUUUCGUAAGUACAUCACAUAUACAGGUGGUGAGGAGCUGUUUGGCUUGUCUGUCACUGAGUAUCCCCAGCUGCUGGAAAUAAGGAAACAGUUGGCUUUGCUCCAAAAGCUAUAUGGAUUGUAUAACAAUGUGAUCAAUACAGUCAACAGUUACUAUGACGUCCUGUGGUCAGAGGUCAACAUUGAAAAAAUCAACAACGAGCUUAUGGAAUUUCAGACCAGAUGUCGUAGGCUUCCUCGGGCUUUGAAAGAAUGGAAAGCGUUCCUAGAUCUGAAGCAAACUAUUGAUGAUUUCAGUGAGUGCUGUCCACUCCUGGAGCAUAUGUCAAACAAGGCGAUGAUGUUACGGCAUUGGAAAAGAAUUUCUGAAACCACAGGACACCAUUUUGAUGUCGAAAGUGAAACUUUCAAGCUCAGAAACAUCAUGGAAGCCUCAAUACUGAAAUAUAAAGAGGAAAUUGAGGACAUUUGCAUUAGUGCAGUGAAGGAAAAAGACAUUGAGCAGAAACUGAAGCAGGUUAUAGCAGAAUGGGAUAGCAAAACGUUCACUUUUGCAAGCUUCAAAACACGUGGCGAGCUUUUACUGAGGGGAGACAGUACAGCAGAACUCAUUGCCAACAUGGAUGACAGUCUGAUGAUCUUGGGUUCACUGUUGAGCAACAGGUACAAUACUCCUUUCAAGGCACAGAUUCAGAAAUGGGUCAACAAUCUAUCUAACACAACAGAUAUUAUUGAGAACUGGAUGACUGUGCAGAACUUGUGGAUUUAUUUGGAAGCUGUAUUUGUAGGUGGAGACAUUGCUAAACAACUCCCAAAGGAAGCUAAACGUUUUUCCAACAUUGACAAAUCUUGGGUGAAGAUCAUGACUCGGGCACAUGAGACUCCAAGUGUGGUGCAGUGCUGUGUAGGUGAUGAAACCAUGGGACAACUUUUACCACAUUUGCUGGAGCAGCUGGAAAUCUGUCAGAAGUCUUUGACUGGGUACCUUGAAAAGAAACGACUUCUUUUUCCACGGUUCUUUUUUGUAUCUGAUCCAGCACUUCUCGAAAUUCUCGGUCAGGCUUCGGAUUCUCAUACUAUUCAAGCACACCUAUUAAAUGUUUUUGAUAACAUCAAAACUGCACACUUCCAUGAUAGGUUGUACGACCGUAUUUUGGCUGUUUCUUCACGAGAGGGUGAAACCAUUGAAUUAGAUAAACCUGUCAUGGCAGAAGGAAAUGUAGAAGUCUGGCUAAAUGCUUUGCUCGUGGAAUCUCAGAAAUCGCUCCAUUUGGUCAUUCGUGCUGCAUCUAUGAGUAUUCAGGACACUUCCUUCCAACUGGUUGAGUUUCUUAACUAUUAUCCAGCACAGGUUGGAUUGCUUGGAAUUCAAAUGAUCUGGACAAGAGAUUCAGAGGAAGCAUUAACCAAUGCCAAAUAUGACCGAAAAGUCAUGCAAAAGACAAAUCAAUCUUUUUUAGACUUGUUGAACACUCUCAUUGACAUGACAACAAAAGACCUGAGUGCUAUGGACCGUGUGAAAUAUGAGACUCUUAUCACUAUCCAUGUGCACCAGCGAGAUAUCUUUGACGACCUGUGUCGCUUGCACGUCAAAAGUCAUACAGAUUUUGAAUGGCUCAAGCAAUGCAGAUUUUACUUCAGUGAGGAUUCAGAUAAGAUGCUAAUCAAAAUUACAGAUGUUGGAUUCACAUAUCAGAAUGAAUUCCUCGGUUGUACGGAUAGAUUGGUCAUAACACCCCUGACUGACAGAUGUUACAUUACUCUAGCUCAGGCACUUGGAAUGAAUAUGGGAGGAGCUCCUGCUGGGCCCGCAGGGACAGGCAAGACGGAAACUACCAAAGAUAUGGGCAGGUGCCUUGGGAAGUAUGUGGUGGUCUUCAACUGCUCAGAUCAAAUGGACUUCAGGGGACUUGGGAGAAUUUUUAAAGGCCUAGCACAGUCUGGAUCCUGGGGUUGCUUUGAUGAAUUCAAUCGUAUUGAUCUACCAGUUCUCUCAGUUGCUGCUCAGCAGAUUGCUGUAGUACUGACAUGCAAAAAGGAACGGAAAAAGAAUUUCAUCUUCACAGAUGGAGAUUCUGUAGAAAUGAAUGCUGAAUUUGGAAUUUUCCUCACUAUGAACCCUGGGUAUGCUGGACGUCAAGAGCUACCUGAGAAUCUGAAAAUCAACUUCCGGUCUGUUGCAAUGAUGGUACCGGAUCGUCAGAUCAUCAUUCGUGUUAAGCUUGCCAGUUGUGGAUUUAUUGACAACAUAACACUGGCCAGGAAGUUUUUCACCCUCUACAAAUUGUGUGAGGAACAGCUCUCUAAACAGGUGCAUUAUGAUUUUGGCCUACGUAACAUCCUGUCAGUCCUGCGGACACUCGGAGCUGCAAAACGAGCCAAUCCCAAUGAUUCUGAGUCGACCAUUGUUAUGCGUGUACUUCGUGAUAUGAACCUCUCCAAGCUGAUUGAUGAAGAUGAACCACUUUUCCUGAGUCUAAUUGAAGAUCUUUUCCCUGGAAUUCACCUAGACAAAGCAGGGUAUCCACAGCUGGAAGCUGCCAUAGACAAACAAGUUGAAGAAGCUGGACUUGUUAGUCAUCCUCCUUGGAAACUUAAAGUUAUUCAGCUGUUUGAGACACAGAGGGUUAGGCACGGUAUGAUGACUCUUGGACCCAGUGGAGCUGGUAAAACCACCUGUAUUCAUACAUUGAUGAAAGCCAUGACAGACUGUGGUGAACCACACCGUGAGAUGAGAAUGAAUCCGAAAGCAAUUACUGCCCCUCAGAUGUUUGGCCGACUUGAUGUAGCCACAAAUGACUGGACAGAUGGCAUUUUUUCAACUCUGUGGAGAAAAACUCUCAGAGCAAAGAAGGGAGAACACAUCUGGAUUGUACUGGAUGGUCCUGUUGAUGCCAUUUGGAUUGAAAACUUAAACUCCGUGCUUGAUGAUAACAAAACCCUUACUUUGGCAAAUGGUGAUCGUAUUCCCAUGGCUCCGAACUGUAAGAUUGUGUUUGAGCCGCACAACAUAGACAAUGCCUCUCCCGCAACUGUUUCUCGAAAUGGCAUGGUCUUCAUGAGUUCUUCAGUCUUGAAUUUCAGCCCCAUCCUUGAGGGCUGGUUGAAGAAAAGAUCCCAACAGGCAGCUGAGAUUCUGCGGAAGCUGUUUGCAGAAUCCUUUGCUGAACUGUACAGGUUUAGUGUCCAGUCACUGGAAUACAAGAUGGAAAUGUUGGAGGCUUUUAUUAUCAUGCAAAGUAUUAACAUGCUUGAUAGCCUCAUUCCACCAAAGGAGCAAGGUGGAGAAGUGACUCGGGAACAUUUGGAAAGGUUGUAUGUAUUCUCACUGAUGUGGAGUAUAGGGGCCUUAUUGGAAUUAGAGGACAGACGGAAAAUGGAGCACUGGCUACGGACACAUGAGACUAUUAAGCUAGAUCUGCCAUGCAUCCCUGAGGAGAGUGAAGACACAAUGUUUGACUAUUUUGUCCAUUUUGAUGGAAAGUGGUUGCAUUGGAGCACAAAUGUCGAUGAAUACAUCUAUCCCACUGACUGCAAUCCAGAAUAUGGCUCAAUUCUUGUGCCUAAUGUAGAUAAUGUGAGGACAAAUUUCCUCAUCCAUACAAUAGCCAAGCACGGAAAGGCUGUUUUGCUGAUUGGUGAACAAGGCACUGCCAAAACAGUGAUCAUCAAAGGAUUCCUGUCAAAAUAUGACCCAGAGUCUCAUAUGACCAAAAGUCUCAAUUUUUCAUCAGCAACAACUCCACUAAUGUUUCAGCGCACAAUUGAGAGUUAUGUUGAUAAACGUAUAGGUACGACAUAUGGUCCACCUGCUGGGAAAAGGAUGACUGUUUUCAUUGAUGACAUUAAUAUGCCUGUUAUUAAUGAAUGGGGAGAUCAGAUCACCAAUGAAAUUGUGAGACAGCUGAUGGAACAGAAUGGUUUUUAUAAUCUUGAAAAACCAGGUGAAUUCACGAACAUUGCAGAUGUCCAGUUCCUUGCUGCAAUGAUCCAUGCAGGAGGAGGCAGAAAUGACAUACCACAGCGCUUGAAGAGGCAUUUCUCAAUUUUUAACUGCACAUUGCCUUCAAAUUCCUCAAUUGAUAAGAUAUUUGGUGUUAUUGGACUUGGCCACUAUUGCAAGGAGCGGGGCUUCUCGACAACAGUGAGAUCGCUGGUAACCAAGUUGGUACCAAUGACCCGCAAACUUUGGCAGAUGACCAAAGUGAAAAUGUUGCCUACUCCGGCGAAGUUUCAUUACAUCUUCAACCUGAGAGACCUCUCACGGAUCUGGCAGGGCAUGUUGAAUAGCACCUCAGAGAUUGUCAAUGAUGGAAGUGUGACUCUAAAACUGUGGAAACAUGAGUGCAGAUGCGUUAUAGCUGAUCGUUUUACCACCCAAGAGGAUGUGGCUUGGUUUGACAAAACUUUAGCCAAAGUAGUUGAGAAAGAACUUCAGGAGAAAGCUCUGGCUACAGUUGAUGUCGGUGUUGAUGCUUAUUUUGUUGACUUCUUGCGAGAUGCACCUGAGUGCACAGGAGAUGAACCAGAGGAUAUUGAUGUGGAAAUGCCAAAGAUUUAUGAGCCUAUUGGAAGUUUUGAUCACCUGAAGAAUCGACUAAAUAUGUUUUUGCAGCAGUACAAUGACAGCAUCCGAGGGGCAGGAUUGGACCUGGUCUUUUUUAAGGAUGCCAUGACUCACUUAGUGAAGAUUUCACGCAUUAUUCGCACACCUCGUGGGAAUGCAUUGCUUGUUGGAGUAGGCGGGUCAGGCAAGCAAAGUUUGACUAAAUUGGCAUCCUUUAUUGCGGGAUAUAAGACAUUCCAAAUCACACUAACAAGAUCAUACAAUAGUUCUAAUCUGAUGGAAGAUUUGAAGGUUUUAUACAAAACUGCAGGUCACCAAGGCAAGGGAGUGACUUUUAUAUUCACAGAUAAUGAGAUCAAAGACGAAUCUUUUCUUGAAUACAUGAACAAUGUGUUAUCAUCUGGAGAGGUCUCUAACCUAUUUGCUCGAGAUGAGUUGGAUGAGGUGACAAGUGACCUAGUAUCUGUAAUGAAGAAGGAAUACCCUCGCAGACCACCAACUGGUGAAAACCUCUAUGACUUUUUCAUGAGUCGAGUCCGUCAAAAUCUUCAUGUAGUACUCUGCUUUUCACCAGUGGGAGAGAAGUUCCGAAAUCGAGCGCUGAAGUUUCCAGCCCUUAUUUCAGGCUGCACCAUGGACUGGUUCAGUCGCUGGCCGAAAGAUGCUCUUAUUGCAGUGUCUGACCAUUUUUUAUCUUCAUUUGGAAUUGACUGCACCACUGAGAUCAAAAGAGAAGUGGUUGAGUGCAUGGGAUCCUUCCAAGAUGGUGUGGCUGAGAAAUGUGUGGACUAUUUCCAAAGAUAUCGCCGAUCUACCCACGUGACGCCAAAAUCUUAUCUCUCAUUUAUUCAAGGAUAUAAAACAAUCUACAGAGAGAAACAUUCUGAGGUCCAAACCUUAGCUAAUAGAAUGAACACUGGCCUCAAAAAACUGAAGGAGGCCUCAGAAUCAGUGGCUGCACUAAGUAAAGAACUUGAGGUGAAGGAGAGAGAACUACAAGUAGCCAAUGCAAAGGCUGACAUGGUUUUAAAAGAAGUGACUGUAAAAGCUCAAGCUUCUGAGAAAGUAAAGGUGGAUGUUCAAAAGGUGAAGGACAAAGCUCAGGCCAUUGUAGACAGUAUAUCUGCAGACAAGGCCAUUGCAGAAGAGAAACUGGAAGCUGCAAAACCUGCCCUAGAGGAAGCUGAAGCAGCUCUGCAGACCAUUAAACCGGCUGAUAUUGCCACUGUCCGUACACUGGGUAGACCACCUCACCUGAUCAUGCGAAUCAUGGACUGUGUGCUGUUGCUAUUCCAACGGAAAGUAAACUCUGUGAAAAUAGAUGCUGAGAGAAGCUGCAUCAUACCUUCUUGGCAAGAGUCCCUAAAGCUCAUGACAGCAGGAAACUUCCUCCAGAACCUCCAGCAAUUUCCCAAAGACACAAUUAAUGAAGAAGUUGUUGAUUUGCUUCAGCCCUACUUUGAAAUGACUGACUACAAUAUUGAAACAGCCAAGAGAGUCUGUGGCAAUGUAGCAGGAAUCUGCUCCUGGACUAAGGCUAUGGCUUCCUUUUUCUCCAUUAACAAAGAAGUUUUACCACUAAAGGCUAAUUUGGCAAUCCAAGAAAAUCGUCUGGCUAUAGCCAUGUUAGAUCUUCAGAAGGCACAAGCAGAAUUAGAUGCUAAACAAACUGAACUGGAUAUUGUACAGGCAGCCUAUGACAAGGCCAUGGCAGAGAAACAAGCAUUGUUGGAGGAUGCCGGACGUUGCCGACACAAGAUGCAGACUGCUUCCACGCUGAUCAGUGGGCUGGCAGGUGAAAAAGAACGAUGGACUAAACAAAGUAAAGAGUUCUCAGCACAGACCAAACGCCUUGUCGGUGAUGUGCUAUUGGCAACUGCCUUUUUGUCGUAUUCAGGGCCAUUUAAUCAAGAGUUCCGUAAUUUGCUUUUGAGGGAUUGGGAGAAAGAAAUGAAUACUCGUAAGAUUCCCUUUGCCAGCAACUUGAACCUUACAGAAAUGCUAAUUGACAUUCCUACAAUUGGUGAAUGGAACCUACAAGGUUUACCUAAUGAUGAGUUGUCGAUCCAGAACGGAAUCAUUGUUACGAAAGCAGCUCGUUACCCAUUGCUAGUUGAUCCACAAAACCAGAGCAAGAUAUGGAUAAAGAACAAAGAGGUUAAGAAUGAACUUCAGAUUACUUCCUUAAACCACAAGUACUUCAGAAACCACCUAGAGGAUAGUCUGUCUCUUGGCAGACCACUGCUUAUUGAAGAUGUGGGAGAGGAGCUGGAUCCGGCACUUGAUAAUGUUUUGGAGAAAAAUUUCAUCAAAACAGGUUCCAUGUACAAGGUGAAAGUGGGUGAUAAAGAGAUUGAUAUCAUGAAUGGAUUCAGACUAUACAUUACUACUAAGCUUCCCAACCCAGCGUACACACCCGAAAUCAGUGCUCGGACAUCCAUCAUUGAUUUUACUGUUACUAUGAAAGGGCUGGAGGACCAGUUACUUGGUAGAGUCAUUCUCACUGAAAAACAGGAACUGGAAAAAGAGAGAACUGAUCUAAUGGAAGACGUAACAUCAAAUAAAAGGAAAAUGAAGGAGUUGGAAGACAAUCUACUGUAUCGUCUGACAAGCACAAAGGGUUCCCUUGUAGAGGAUGAAAGCCUUAUCACUGUUCUAAACAAUACAAAAAAGACAGCUGAGGAAGUUACACAGAAACUGCAUAUAGCUGCUGAAACAGAAAUACAGAUCAAUGCUGCUCGUGAGGAGUACAGACCAGUUGCAACUAGAGGAAGCAUCCUCUACUUUUUGAUUACUGAGAUGAGCAUGGUGAAUGUUAUGUACCAAACCUCUCUACGGCAGUUCCUGGGGCUUUUUGACUUAUCGUUAGCCAGAUCCAUCAAGAGUCCCAUUACCAGUAAGAGAAUAGCAACUAUUAUAGAGCAUAUGACAUAUGAAGUAUAUAAGUAUGCAGCUCUUGGCUUGUAUGUGGAGCAUAAGUUUCUAUUCACAUUACUCCUUACAUUGAAGAUUGACAUGCAGCGCCACAGACUGAAACAUGAAGAGUUCCUCACUCUUAUUAAAGGUGGUGCUUCAUUGGACCUUAAGGCUUGUCCUCCAAAACCUGCAAAGUGGAUCUUAGAUAUGACCUGGCUAAACCUGGUGGAACUAAGUAAACUUGGGCAGUUCGCAGAUAUCUUGGAUCAAAUUGGGAGAAAUGAGAAACUCUGGAAAAACUGGUUUGAUAAAGAAGCUCCUGAAGAAGAGGUUCUGCCAAAUGCUUAUGAUCAAUCCUUGGACUGUUUCCGACGUCUUCUCCUGAUCCGAUCUUGGUGUCCUGAUAGAACCAUAGCACAGGCUCGUAAAUAUAUUAUGGACGCAAUGGGAGAAAAAUAUGCAGAAGGACUCGUCCUGGAUUUGGAAAUGACUUGGAAAGAAUCAGAUAGACAUACUCCUCUUAUCUGUUUUCUGUCAAUGGGUUCUGAUCCCACAGAUUCCAUUAUAGCUUUGGGCAAAAGAGUCAAGAUAGAAACUCGCUGUGUCUCUAUGGGUCAAGGACAAGAGAUCCAUGCCCGUAAGCUUCUCCAACAGACUAUGACAAAUGGUGGUUGGGCUUUGCUUCAGAAUUGUCACCUAGGUCUUGAUUUCUUGGAUGAAUUAAUGGACAUCAUUACAGAAACAGAAAAUAUUCAUGAAACGUUUCGCCUCUGGAUGACAACUGAGGUCCAUAAGCUUUUCCCUAUUGCACUUCUCCAGAUGUCAAUCAAAUUCACCAAUGAACCUCCACAAGGCCUGCGGGCAGGUUUAAGAAGGACUUACUGUGGAAUCAGUCAGGACCUUUUGGAUGUUAGUAAUAUGACUCAGUGGAAGCCUAUGCUCUAUGCAGUGGCCUUUCUACAUUCAACAGUGCAAGAACGUCGCAAGUAUGGACCUCUUGGUUGGAAUAUACCAUAUGAAUUUAACCAAGCUGACUUGAAUGCUACUGUGCAAUUUGUACAAAACCAUCUCGAUGAUAUGGAUAUCAAGAAGGGUGUUUCUUGGACUACAGUGAGAUACAUGAUUGGUGAGAUUCAAUAUGGUGGCAGAGUCACAGAUGAUUAUGACAAACGAUUGCUGAACACAUUUGCUAAAGUCUGGUUCAGUGAAAAUAUGUUUGCUUCAGACUUCUGUUUCUACAAGGGUUACAGCAUUCCCAAAUGCAAUUCCGUGGAUCAGUACUUAGCAUACAUUCAGAGUCUUCCUACAUAUGACACUCCAGAAGCAUUUGGUCUGCACACUAAUGCUGACAUCACUUACCAGAGCAAGCUUGCUAAGGAUGUCCUAGACACUAUACUUAGCAUUCAGCCCAAGGACAGUUCCAGUGGAGGAGGUGAAACAAGAGAAGUUGUGGUAGCGAGGUUGGCUGAUGACAUGUUAGAGAAGUUGCCUGUGGACUACAUAGCAUUUGAGGUGAAAGAAAAACUGCAGAGGAUGGGAGCACUGCAGCCAAUGAACAUCUUCCUUCGUCAAGAAAUUGACAGAAUGCAAAGAGUAAUUACUCUGGUGCGAAGCACUCUUAUAGAUUUAAAACUUGCAAUUGAUGGAACUAUCAUUAUGAGUGAAAACCUCAGAGAUGCCUUGGACUGCAUGUAUGAUGCAAGAAUUCCAGCACGAUGGAAAAGGACAUCCUGGGAAUCAAGCACACUUGGAUUUUGGUUUACUGAAUUGUUGGAACGAAAUUGCCAAUUUCAUUCCUGGAUUUUUGAAGGGCGACCAAACUGCUUCUGGAUGACUGGCUUUUUUAACCCUCAAGGAUUUCUAACAGCAAUGAGACAAGAAGUUACUCGUGCUCAUAAAGGUUGGGCACUCGAUAGUGUGGUUUUGUGCAAUGAAGUCAGCAAAUGGAUGAAAGAUGACAUCACUGCUCCCCCCUCAGAGGGAGUCUAUGUGUAUGGGCUGUAUUUGGAGGGAGCUGGAUGGGAUAGGCGGAAUGCAAAGCUCAUUGAAUCUAAGCCUAAAGUGCUAUUUGAGUUGCUACCCGUCAUACAUAUUUCCGCUCAAAAUAACUUGAGCCCCAAGGAUCCUCGGUUAUAUUCAUGCCCAAUUUACAAAAAGCCAGUUCGAACUGAUCUAAACUACACAGCCACAGUGGACCUGCGAACGGUUCAGCCCCCUGAACAUUGGAUUUUACGUGGGGUAGCACUUCUUUGUGAUGUCAAAUAA